AUGUCUAGUAAAAUUCCCUUAAAGAAUCUCGCCGAGGAUAUUUUCCUUUUACUCAAAGAUGAUAUUCUUUAUGACCUGAGAAUAAUACUUCCCAAUGGAUACUUUGUUUUCUGUCACAAGGCGAUUUUAAUCGCGAGAUCAGACAGAAUCCGUGAAUUCUUUCAAGAAAGGAAAAUACAACCAAAAAAUAAUAUUGAGACCAUCUUUCUCAAGGAUAUUCUUGAAAAUAUUCCCACUGUAGAAAAUUCCACUCCAAACGCAUAUUUAGGCAUCAAUCGAUAUUUUUACGAGGAUGUUAUCGACUGGGACGAGCACACCCAAUUUCCUCAUGACCUUGUUGCAUUCAUUUUACUCGUGAAUCGAUUACGCAUCGAGAAUUUGAAGCAACCGCUGCUGGGUUACCUGGAUGAAUACUUAUCGACCAAUAAUGCGGUUCCCUUUACGAAUGAGAUGGUCGAACUUUUCUUGAGCGAAGAAAAAAGAAACAACGAAAUAUAUAAAAUGAUUUUAAUGAAAUGCGUGGAAUAUUUCUCGCGGAUGAAUGCAUUUGUGAAUGCACAAUACAAACAGCACGACAUGCAGAAAUUCCUCCUUUUGGCUGUGAAAUUUAUACUGGAAAAUAUUGAUGCAUCGAAGGACGUCGAAGCAAAGUCUGUUCAUGAAACUACAAAGUUCAACUUUAUCAUCCGUUGGUCCAAAGCUCAUGAUGAUAUAAUUGACGAUAUUCAAAAUGUGAAACUUCUCCAAUACGUGGAUUUUGACGCGCUUAAUCUGCAAAUUAUUGCAUCGGAGAUAGAACAGAUCAAAAAACUCGCACCAACUCAGCACGCCGAUAUUAUCGAAAAAUCAUUUUGUAGAUCAAUUGAAGAGAACAACAUGAAACAUCAAAACAACUCGCAAAAAAAAUAUCGAGAAUACGAAAACAUCAUCGAUGAACUCGAAAAAUCUCGGAUCAACUUGCAAAAGAAAUGUCAAGAAUACGAAAACACCAUCGUGAGGAUCAAGUCGGAUUUCCAAAGAAAAUUUCAAGAAUACGAAUGCACCAUCGACGAACUCCAAAACUUGCAAACGAAAUGUCAAGAAUACGAAGACACCAUCGCGAGAAUUCUCAAUUUACCCGAACAAAUUUUAUAUUAUUGA